AAACACGCCGUCGUCAAAUCUCAACGUUCGAAAAAAGGGAAACUUUGCGUGCAAAUCUUCUACUAAAACCCCCUUUCCCCUCAUUUGCAUCAAACCAAUCUGAACUCAAAACCCUACUAAAUCUCUCUCAAGGUUGGAAGAAGAAAGAAGAGAACAGAAACAAUUCUCAAUUUCUUCUUCUAAUUCUUUUGAUUUAAAUCCAUUCAUCUUCUACCCUUCUUCGAAUUCUUUCUUCAAUUCUGUACUCCGAUAUAUGGCAACCAUGAACAAUCAAGAUAGCAACAACAGUAACAACAGGACUGCUGCUCCACCCACGAACGCAUCCAAACAGCCUCUUCCAACGCCUAAGGCCGUCGACACCCAAUCUGUCCUUAAAAGAUUACAGUCUGAAUUGAUGGCAUUGAUGAUGAGUGGUGAUUCUGGGAUUUCUGCUUUUCCUGAAGAAGACAACAUAUUCUGUUGGAAAGGAACAAUUUCAGGGAGCAAAGAUACUGUCUUUGAAGGGACAGAGUACAAACUUUCACUUUCUUUUCCAAAUGAUUACCCUUUCAAGCCCCCAAAGGUCAAAUUUGAGACUGGAUGCUUUCAUCCUAAUGUGGAUCUCGUUGGAAACAUAUGCUUAGAUAUUCUUCAGGAUAAAUGGUCAUCUGCUUAUGAUGUGAGAACUAUCCUGAUUUCAAUCCAGAGUCUCCUUGGAGAACCAAACACAAGUUCACCACUCAACACCCAAGCAGCAGCACUUUGGAGCAACCAAGAAGAAUAUAGGAAAGUGGUGGUGGAGAAGCAUCUAUAUAAGAAACCAAAUCAUUAGGAGAAGACGGAAGGAAUAGGCGAUGUGAUUGAUAAAUGUUGUUGAAGAAGAAGAAAAGAAAAUUCCAUUUAAUUUACUUUUCAAUAUAUAUAUGAUUACAUUGGGAUCUAAUUCUGUUCUUCCUAUGUAUGUUGUGAUACAGUGGAUAAAUUUUUUUACUCUUGGAAUA